AUCCCCGUCCGUUUCUUUUUCGCUCCUGUUUUUCACUCUGCCGCGACUUUUUGGCGUCCCGAAGGCGCCGUGCUGAGCUGGGCUGCGCAGGGCCCCGCGGCACUUCCAGUCCGUUGGCAGUCCGGCCCGGUAGCGGUUCGCGUCCACCCAGUCCCGGACCGCCUCGCUGCGCCUCGCCAGCAUCACCGCCAUCUCCGUCAGCACCGCCCAGCACCGCCUAGCACCGCCUAGCACCGCCCGGGGCGAGGCGCUGCCCCCACUCCACGCUGCUCCUCUCUAGGAUCGAGAUCAGGAUCGGGAUCGGGGCGGCACGCGGCGAGGCCACACCAGCACGGGCGGCAGGGGUGCUCGGUUCAGUUCAAGUUCACGGACAGCAGCACCGCCAUGGCGUCCCGCACGGCCCUGCUCCUGGGCACCGUCGCCGUCCUCGCGGUCGCGGACCUCACAGGGCUUGCGGGCGGCGAGCAGAUCGCGGCGCUGCCGCAGGUGGAGUGCCCGGAGAAGGAGGGCGUGCAGACGUACCCGCACCCCGAGCUGUGCGACCAGUUCUACCUGUGCAGCAACGGCACCCUGACCCUGGAGCGCUGCCAGAACGGACUGCUGUUCAAGGGAGGCCCCGGCGCCACGCACCACCACUGCCACUACCACUGGGACGUGGACUGCAGCAGCAGGAGCGUUGAGCUGAUACCGCUGUCCUCGGACGGCUGCGAGUACCAGUUCGGGCUGUACUCUGACCCGGCCAACGCGUGCAGCGGCAAGUACACCCGCUGUGAGUUCGGCCGCCCCCAGCUGGUGGACUGCCCCCCGGGGCUGGCCUUCGACCUGGCCAUCCACCGCUGCAACUGGGCCGACCAGAUGGAGCACGCGGGCUGCACGGCGGAGCAGGUGAUCGGGUUCAACUGCCCCUCGAGCCCGCCCUCCGACCCGGUGUCGGCGCGCUUCUGGCCCUUCCCGCGCUUCGCCAUCGAGGGCGACUGCGAGCGGCUCAUCUCGUGCGUCAACGGCCACCCCAGGAUCGUGACGUGCGGCGACGACAUGGUGGUGGACGACUCCACCCUCAUGUGCGAGGAGCCCGAGCUGGUGCCCAACUGCCAAUUUGUGCAGAGGAAGAAGCGUGAAGCAUCGCAGGAGCAAGGGGCGAGCAGUUCCAACAACCGGUUCGAGAACGUCGUCCUUUAGAAUUGUUAGUGUUUUUAAAGAUUUAUUUGUAUUUAUUAAUUUUUAGUUCCCCUAUACCUCGUGUUCCUUUUAUUCUUAAUGUAUGCAUUUUGUUUUCAAAGAAGUCGAAAGGUGAAAUUAACAAGACUCUGUUUUAUUGA